UUCAGGGGGAGAAAUUUUGAAUCAAUAUUUCCAAUGAGAACUUGGGCUUAUACCUGAAGGAGAGAGGAAAACCAUCUCAGAAUAUUGUUUGUCGGAACAUGAUUCAACCAAAUCAAAGUAAUGGAUUUCUAACUUCACUUCUGAAUAAUGAAAAUUCGGUUCUACGUGGAUUUUUUUGUAUUUGUGAUUUCCUUGUCAAACGUGGUUCGUCUGUAUGUUUGUGAGAAGACUAAUAUAACUGUUGGAUAUUUAACGGUUGACAAAACCGACAAAUUCAUCCGGAAUCGGCAAGGAAGGAUUAUUUCCGGUGCUAUUACAUACGCUUUGGAGCGGGUUAACGCCAAUCCGGAAGUCCUUCCUAAUCACUUUCUGAACCUGAUAUGGGGAGACACCAAAGGGGACACAUUGACCGCCGUCAAACUGUUGACAGACCAGUGGAAGCUGGGUGUGGUAGCGUUCUUUGGUUUGGAGGAUAGCUGCAGUGUGGAGGCAAGGGUAGCCGCAGCAUGGAACCUCCCCCUUAUAUCUUAUAAAUGUGCAGAUGAUGAAGUUUCAAUUAAGAGUAUGUACCCCACCUUCGCCAGAACCUACCCUCCCGUUAAACAGGUUACUAAGUCCCUGGUUGCUCUGCUGCUUCACUUUAACUGGAAGAAAUUCACCAUGAUUGUAGGCUCUUCUCAUAAGCAGCAGACAAUCGCCGAAAAGUUGUUGGAACAUGCAGAAAUUGCCAACAUCACGGUCAACGACAGACAGGAAUAUACGGAGCCCUAUACACCCUUCUCCAACGGAAACCCAUUUCCGGGAAUCGUUGACAGAACGUACGUCGACACCAGAGUUUAUGUAUUCCUGGGAGAUUUGAACGGAGUGGUGGAUCUUAUGACAAACUUGUAUGACAGAGGCCUAUUAGACACGGGGGAGUACAUCGUCAUAUUCGUAGAUCACGUGACCUUCGACAGAACGGAACCGCUAAAAUACUUCAAACGAACGAUUGACAACCCUGAAGAGAAGAGGAACGUGGAUGCUGCUCAAUCGUUGUUGAUCAUCACACUUAGUCCAUACUCCAGCGAGAACUACACGCAAUUCCAAGACAAAGUUAGGGAAUUCAACGAAGAACCCCCAUUUAAUUUUUUCAACCCAUUUCCUGCUUAUGAAAAAAAGAUAACUGUCUACGCGGCAUAUUUAUACGAUGCCGUUAUGUUGUACGCCAGAGCUGCCCACAAACUUGUAGAGUCGGGAGGAUCAAUCGCAGAUGGAAAGGCUAUUAUUCAUUCUUUGUUAAACCAAAGUUAUGAAAGUAUACAAGGAACCACCACUUUCAUUGAUCAAAAUGGUGAUGCUGAGGGAAACUACACGUUAUUGGCGAGAAUGGAGAUAAAUGACCCUAAAUCCAAGUACUCUAUGCAGCCUGUUGGUCACUUUCAAUCUAGUGAGGGCUCCCUACCGGUUCUGAGGUUAUAUGGUAAUGAACUGAUUGACUGGGUAUCGGGACAUCCCCCCGUAGAUGAACCAGCGUGUGGGUACAGAAGACAACGAUGUAUACCGCCAAAACAAUACACCUUGGAGAUCGUUUUGGGAACCAUGGGAGCGCUCCUAUUGUUUUCAUUAGUAGUGAUCCUGAUAGUCUACAGAAAUUGGAAAUACGAACAGGAAAUAGCUGGUCUUCUGUGGAAAGUGGACAAAGCCGAUAUCCACGCUUCCUUGUCUGGUCAUAAGAAUGCAGAGUUCAGUAUGGACCAGGAAAAGAAAGAUGCUUACGGCAGCAAGUUGUCGCUAAACAGUCAGCAGUCCAUGGACUCACGGGCAUCUAACCAGCAAGUGUAUACAGCUACCAGCUACUACAAAGGACAGCUUGCGGCCAUCAAGAAAUACGAAAUCAAAUCACUGGUCAUUAACAGGAAAAUGCAAAAAGAAAUGAAAGUGAUGCGAGAUUUGCGACACAGCAACGUAAAUGCAUUUAUCGGUGCCUGUAUCGAUCAUCCAAGAUUUAUUAUUCUAACCGAAUAUUGUUCCAAAGGCAGUCUACAAGACAUUUUGGAAAAUGAGGAUGUUAAGUUAGAUGAAAUGUUUAUUGCCUCCUUAAUCAAAGACAUGAUACAGGGCCUUCUUUUUCUGCACAACAGUGAGUUAGGGUGUCACGGCAAUUUAAAAUCUUCAAAUUGUGUAGUAAAUAGCCGCUGGACUUUGCAGGUUUCUGAUUUUGGACUUCUUGACAUCCGAGCUAAAACAUAUCGAAAAGAGGACGAACAUGCUUAUUACAGAAAUUUAUUUUGGCGCGCUCCCGAGGAGUUACGGAGCCCUCAGAAGAGGGGGUCGCCAAAGGGUGACGUUUAUGCCUUUGGAAUCAUCCUUCAUGAAAUAUUUGGAAGAGGGGGCCCUUUUGGAUUUUGUAACAUGGUGCCUAAAGAUAUUGUAUACCGAGUGAUUGACGGCGGAAUGAUCCCUUUUAGACCAGAUACUAGUUCUGUAAAAUGUGAGAAGUAUGUGAUCGAUUGUAUGAUGGAUUGUUGGAGUGAAGCGCCGGAAGACAGACCUGACUUCCGUUGCAUUUAUAAAACCUUACACAAAAUGCGAGAGGGAAUGAAGAGAAACAUCUUUGACCAGAUCAUGACAAUGAUGGAAUCCUACCAGAACCACCUAGAGGAGCUGGUGGAGAGUAGGACCAUACAGCUGGCUGACGAAAAGAGGAUAACAGAAACCCUUCUACAUCGCAUGCUUCCAAGACCAAUUGCUGAUCAACUUAAAGUUGGACAGUAUGUCAAACCGGAAGUGUAUGAAUCUGUUACAAUAUACUUCAGCGAUAUAUGUGGAUUCACAAAACUUUCAGCAAAAAUCACGCCUAUGGAGGUGGUUCAGAUGUUGAACUCUCUGUAUACCACAUUUGAUUCCAUCAUCAAGAACUACGAUGUAUACAAAGUAGAAACGAUUGGCGACGCAUACAUGGUAGUUAGCGGCCUUCCCAUCCGGAAUGGCGACACACAUGCAGGCGAAAUUGCAUCAAUGUCAUUAGAACUUCUCCGUGCCAUAAAAACUUUCCGAAUCACAUUCCUUCCAAACGAAACUUUAAAGUUGAGAAUUGGAAUGCACUCAGGGCCUUGUGUAGCGGGAGUGGUCGGACUCACGAUGCCAAGAUAUACAUUAUUUGGAGAUACUGUGAACACAGCAUCAAGGAUGGAAUCUAAUGGAGAACCUCUUAAAAUCCACUGCAGUGAAUCAUGCAAGACUUUCUUAGAUAAAUUAGGAGGGUAUACUUUGGAACCUCGAGGUUUGGUCGAAAUGAAGGGAAAAGGGCAGAUGUUCACUUACUGGUUGGUCGGCGAAGAUGUUCGCAUUAGGCGACAUAGACUGCAAAGAUGUAGUCAGACUUUAAAAAUGAACACAACGUGGGCAAGAGCUACCCGACAAGCCUAUCUACAGUUUUGUAAAUCAGAGAACAAUAGUGACAAAACAGAGAAGGAUAACCAACCUCUUGUAGACCUUUUCAGAGAAAACGAAAGCCAUUCCAAUAACGAAGACUCCCCUAAAACCAGCCACCAUGAAAACUUCAGCUCACCGAAAGAUAUCCGAUCAUUCUCCUCAAAACUGCGAUACAUUCCUAACGGAAUUAUCUCUGAAGACAAACGUUUUAGUGAUAUCAAGUUGACAGGAUCAGGGCAAGAUAUUGUUGAACGUACCGCAUUAAUUUCCAAUCACGAUUUGUAUGACAGUGACCCGGAGGUCCCGGAGAGGACUAGACAUUUGUCAGUCGGUAACAGAACGUAUGUUAAUCUAGUAGUGAGUGCACCAGAAAGACCAAAAAGUGCCAGGAAUAAUAAUAGGGAAAUGUAUGAUGUAAAUAAUGAGAAUUCUCCGGAGUACCAAAAUCUAAUAUCGGACUCAGCGGUUUGAUAACGAUGUGAGAAAUUUUUAUGACGUUGUGAAACACAUCAUCAAAAUACGCAACUUUAGGAGAAGAAACAUAAUGACUAUGAAGAACUUGACGAGAUAAUUCGGAAGCAUUUAGCAACGAAAACAUUUUUUACAUGAAAGUUGAUUGAGGAUGUACGAUUCAAAAAAAGAUAACUCAUCAGUCUCUGAUAUUUAAUGUAUAAUUUAACUUUUAAAAAAAAUUAAACCUUUCCUGAGAAUGCCUAAUGCCUAGCAUUUAGAAUUUAUUGCAAAACUGUGUUGAAGGAUCAAAGCAUAUUGUGAUAUUUUUCAUUCUGUCAUUCCAAAUAUUGCAGGACUUGUGUUUCCAUAUCAGUUCCAUUUCACAGGUCGUCCACUUUGUAUUUGUGUUUUAAAGAGAGAGAGAGAGAGGGAGGGAGGGAGGUUCAUGAUAUUAAAUUAUUUGCACUGUAUGUUUGAAAGCAUAUAUCACAUUUCUUCGAUAUGC